UCUAUAAAAUAAAGUUUCACAAAAAUAAAUCUCAUCUCCAUCUUACAAUAAUUUGUUUAACCAGCUAGUAAUUUUAGUGCAGACAAGUGAGGGUGACAAUUUGAAUCGUGUAGUCGCGCACUAACUUUGGCCCUUCUCUUUCAGGACACCAACAUGAGGGUGAAAGGCGUUUUUAUCCGUGCAGUGGUCCCAGACUCUCCUGCAGCCCGCUGUGAGAAGCUGCUGCCAGGAGACCGGAUCCUGGCUGUUAAUGGAGUCAGUCUGCUCGGAAUGGACUACCAGAGUGGAAAGGAGCUGAUCCAGUCAUCAGGUGAUAGACUGAGGUUACUGGUGGCCAGAUCUGAAUGGAUGUCUAAGGCUAUAAAGGCUGAUUGCUGACAGCGUCUUUUCACAGAGACAUUAAAUGCACCACUUGAAGAAGAGUAGAAGAUCUCGUUGACAUUCAGUCAUCUCUGCUGUCAGUUGCUUUCUGGACCGAGCCUGGCUCUAUUCAAGCCUUCAUGUUGAGCAGGAUGAUAGAACUCUUAAACCAGAUGCAGAAGGAUACUUAUCCAUUGCUUGACAUCCACCAAUCACAAAGUCUUCCAUAUAGUCACACUGAAAGUCGCUGCUAGAAGAACUACAGGUGAGGGGCAGCUUGAACAUCAUUUGGAAGGAAAUCUCAGCACGUGAGAGACCUGGACAAACAAGAAGGUGCUGUUACCUGAAUGUCAACUCGCCUGCUACAGACUGGUUCCCCUUUUUACUUCUAAUAACACUAUCUCAGCAUGACCCCAUUGUAAAGUUCAUUAGAUAUACUAGUCUGCUGUUAACAUGAGAUCACUGCAACACGGCCAUUCAACAUUUGUCUGUGCAAAAACAACAAUAACUAACUGAUGUGUCAUUUGUUUGCCAAUCUUUGCAUAAACUGAUGGGAUACGGGAUGAAUGUUGUUGAUAAAAGCAGUUUUGAAUUGAAUAUUGUCACAUUUAUUUAAUGUCAUUCAUCCAUAACCAGAUCUUUUCAUGAGCUCUUAUUAUCGCAGGUUCACAGUCACAGCGAUACCAACAUGUUUUUCUUUAAGCUAUCAGGUUCAGUUUUGA